AUGAAACACCUGCCGGGGGCCGACCCAGAGCUCGUGUUGCUGGGCCACCGCUUCGAGGAACUGGAGCGAAUUCCACUCAGCGACAUGACCCGCGAGGAGAUCAACGCGCUGGUGCAGGAGCUCGGCUUCUACCGCAAGGCGUCGCCCGAUGAGCCUGUGCCCCCGGAGUACCUUCGGGCGCCCGCUAGGCCCGCCGGAGGCGCUCCUGACCACGCAGACCUGUAG